AGGGCGUGUCGGUUGUUAUGGAAGCCAGUCGGUUGCUACGGAAGGUGGGCAUGUUGCUGUGGAAGCGGGCGGUUGCUAGGGCGAAGGGAGGAGCUGCGAAAAUCUCGCGCUAGCAGGCUGGCGCGCCAACUUUCAAAGCGCUUCCUGUCGGAGACAAAACAACAGAGGAGAAGAUGCAGAUUACUAUAAGGAUUUAAAAUAAAUUAAGACUAUGAUAAAGAGUUAAUUAAUAGCAUUGGUCAAUUAAGGGCUAGAUUGGACAAUUCAGGAGCGACUCUAGCGUUCUACUAGAGACUGAGAAUCGAAGCGUCUUCUCUUAAGCCGGAAACAGCUGUGAUGCCAUUCGUAUCUGUUAUUAUUAUUGGAACGAAUACAUAUUAAAAAUUAACUGUUAUCGCGUCAUGAAACGCAGCAAAUAUAUUGCUGGUCGGAUAGCUGCUGUCAACACACACACACACUACUGUAUAUAGUCGCUAAAUAGCGUUAGGAUUCGUAUUAAUAAUAUACCGGUGUGUUGUGUACACAAUACUUGGGCGUAUCUAGCAAGACAUGGUUAUUUAAGCAACAGAAAAAGGAAUAGCAUUAUUUUUUUUAAUGAAUUGGAAAAUAUUAAAUUGUAGUAUAUUAGUGUGGCAAACAGCGAGGGUUUGACAGCUCUGGGUGGGGUGGGGAUGAGUCAUGUAAAUGGUUUGAUAUUAACUGACCUAUAAGCUAUUUGCAUAAAGCGAAAGUUUAAAACGGGCGUUUGCUUUGUUUAUAGUUCUGUCUUUUCAUACAGGGUUGCGGUGGUGUUAAAUUUAGUUUAAAAGUGAUGCGGUUUCGGGAGUAGUUUCAAAAAAAGGUCCUACCAUUGAUUUAAGCUUUAUAAUCAUUUUGAAUAGAAAAGACGUCUUGCUGUUUUAUUGCAAAAUCAACCCGUUUUUUUUUUCUCUUUUUUUUAAAUAUUUACACGCGUCCAUGUUUUUUUGCUUUUGUUAUUGUGGAGCAGCAUUUCUAAAGCAACCUCAGAGAUGUCGCUGUCAGAGAUACUGUUUUAAACCGAUUUGAAGGAUUUCCACUCCUCAGUUCUCAGUCUGAACGCAGCCCCAGGGGCGGUAUUGACAGUGCGUCGCUGGGAUAAUGCUGUCAGAAGUUCAGCCGUGCUUCCAGCUUUUACGAAUCGGUUCUGGUCCAGACUCCGGUUCAGGUUCAGGUCGGGACCUCUACACUUUCCGGCCGGCGUUGGCUCGCUGUGUGUUCCGACUGGGCCGAGCAGAGGCGUGUGAUGUCACCCUUCAAUCGGAUAGCUGCCCAGGACUGAUCUCCCGUCUUCACGCAGAGAUCCAGGCUGAAAGGGAGGAAGACUGUGUUACAGCCGACUGGAGAGUUUUUGUAGUUGACUGCAGCACCCACGGCACCCUGGUAAACGAUGUCCAUCUGAUUCGUGGGGCACGAGUGGAGCUGACCGACGGAGACACUCUGACAUUCGGGCAACGAGGCGACCUACCACUGCUGCCGACCUGCUCUGCCCAGCCCCAGAACCGCUCGGAGUUCUACUUCCUCUUCCAGAAAGUCCGUCUGCGGCCCCAGGACUUUGACGCGAUCACCCUUCCCAAAGCACCUGCCUUCACCAGCUUCACCGGGACUGCCACCCUGCUCCGGGGCUUCACCCCAGUCUCCCCGAGCAGAAAAGGAGUGAAAGAACUCACCAAGCGCCCGGAAACCUCAACCUCCCCGACCCCCGCUUUCAAACGCUCAACCCUAAUCCUGAGCUCCAUCGGCAGCCUCAGCAAGCUGCAGGCUCAGCCGCUCACCUUCCACCCAGACAAGGCAGACGACAAGAGGUUAGAGAAACAAAAUCCAACAGUGUCGUUCUCAGUCCCUCCUGUUAAUUCAAACGCCCGCCCAUUGGCUCCACCCUCUGGCUCCGCCCCUUCCCCCGCGAACACGACGAGCGGCUGCGUCAGAAUCUCGAAGAGCCGCCGGAAAUCGGCUCACACGGUCUUGCCGGAACUGGAAGACGAGAUCCAGAGGUUUUCCGAGGAAGUGAAGGAAAGCGCCUCGGCUAAAAGGCGGCACUGCAAAUCAGAAUCGGACGUCCAGUCUGAUGUGUACCAGCGGCAGCAGCGCCCCCUGGCGGAGUGCUCAGAGCAUGACCCAAGCCCGCUAAGCAGGAGAAGGAGGAUUCAGAGCGACACCCCCUACAUCCCGAGGAGCGAGAGUGAAGGGGGGCGGGGUUAUGCUAAUGUUCUGCUGCUCCGAAGCCCCUCCCAGUCGAUUUCUUCAUGUCUCUACAGCCCUGUGCAUAACGGACAGGGGGGUAUUGAUAGAGCGCAGGGGGAAGCCAACAGGGUGAUGCUCCAGAAACUGCAUAUCACACCAACAGGGAAGCGACGUGGCCGACCUCGAAAGCACCCGGUGUGCCAGGUCUUCUCUCACACGCUCUACGUGGAGGAUCGCAGCGAAGGGGGCAGAAUAGAGACUGGCCACGGUGAGGUGGCAGAGCCCUGUGCUGCCCGUCACUGCCACCUCCCGCAAGAGGACACGGUGCAGUGGGUGCAGUGUGACGACUGCGAUGCCUGGUACCACGUCGCCUGCGUGGGUUGCAACUACAGCAGCCUGAAGGACUCCACUGCAGAGUUCCACUGCGGCUGCCAGUGAUCAGAGGCUAACGAACAGGAACACAGGGAGCGAUCUGCUUAGUUCUGGUGUCUGUGCCAGUGCUUCUCUCCGCACCAACUUAGUGUUUAAGGACCUUUCCAUGGCCCACUACCACCAUGGGACAAAAUCCUAUGAUCACUUCAAUGGCUGGUUGAUUGCUGUGUACGGUGUACUACACAAUCUACCAGCUGUGUGGUUAGCAGAUUAAUGGUCAGCGAGUUGGAAGAAGUAUGGAGUUGCCUAACUUUCUGUAUGCUGGUCACAGUAAAACAGCUGUUGCGAUGCAUAUUGGUCCUAAUGGGUUAUUUAGGACCAAUAAGAGUAAUACCCUAAAAUGAUCAUUAAUUAUAGACAAUUUAGUUGAAAGGUUUAAAUAAGAGGAUGUGUUCAUACCAGCUAUAAAUCACAUAUUUCCCGUUAAUAUUUUCUGGACUACAAUAAGCUAUAUCGCGCUUUUGGUCAUUUUAUUACAAUAGAGAUCAUGUGAACAAUGGAUUGUUUCACUUCUACCUGUGUGUAUUUUUCCUCUUUUUUUAUUGCAAUCGUGGAACAAGAUGCACGGUUGCUGCUUGCAGAUCUAUGUGCUUCCAUUGUUGGAGCUAUACAAACUCCCUGUCAUUGUAAGUAAACCCUAUUUGAUGCUGCGGUGGGCUGUGAUUGCUUAAGAGUCAUGAUCUGACUAGAUACCAUAAAUCCUGGUACUACAAAGCCAACAUCUUUCAAUAAACAAACCUUCCGGAACCAAAUCAUUAUAGAUUUCUAAUUCACAAAGGACAAACGUUAUAGGCAAGGCUUAAUAUUUCUAUUUUACUUUGAAUCUAGUAAGAGAUUCGAUUAGCUGUGCAAAAAACAGCUAAGAAGUGGGUUUCCGGCUGCAGCUGACGUGAGAGUGUUCCUGUCGGCUUCCAGAACAUUAGAGCUAGAAGAAAAUCUUCGGGUCCCGACCCAAUCCUUUCACGCACAUUGUGUGCGUGUGCAACUUUCUGCAGCCCUGCUCCAAGGGGCUGGAUACCUCAACUCUUCAGUUCUGCUGGCUUGAAAGAAAUACGCCGGCAGUCCGCGUGAUCCUUGAAGGUAGCUCAGGAAUGACUCUGCCUUCUUGUGCUGGCUCUUCUCCACCUGCUCCUCUUCAAUCCUGAUCUGAAGUUAAAUUAGGCAGAUUAAGGACACCAAUCCUCCAUGUUUCAUCACUUGAACUUUCUGUGGAUUGCUUUAACUUGUGAGUCAUACUCAAUAGAAAUUCAGCAGAUCUGAUCACUCAUUAACCAGUGUAGAGUAUACAGUAAUCAAUUAAGGAUUACUGUAUGGAUCAAGCUCAGUUUCUUUUGGGUGUGUCUGAGUGAUAUUAAUUAAUCCUUGCGCAGGCCAAAUACUUUUUUUGUAACUUUUUAGCUUGUGGGGUUUUUUGUCAUUGGUGCCAAAUGUCAGAAUUGCUGGACAUGCUUGAUUUUGAGAUCUUGGAUUACAUGGUCUUCUCAUCUGUUGCUCUACCUGGGUAAAGAUAUUCUCCUACCUGCAAUCUUAAUGAAUGGACAUCAAUGAUUCUCUUAUACCAGGCUAAAGAUCUUACUGGCUUUCAUAAAUGUACCAAUACAUUACAAAACUCACCAAAGUAUGGGGACUGAUCAGUGAAUGCAAAGCAAUUGGGGAUUUCAUGCAGAUUUUACUGGAUAUAUUGGUAUGCUUGAAUAGAUGCAAAGAUGUACUACCAAUGCAGAAUGACUGGGUGCUUUGCAAUGGUGACUCUCAAAGAUUUAAAAAUAUUCAAUGCAGUAACAGUCUUGGCAGUGAAUAUUGGCAAUGUCCUUGCAGAUAUAACUCUAUCUUUAGAGGGUCUUCCUUCCAGUCCAGGGAUCCCUCGCCCAUUAAGAGAAAAGGUGGUACAGAGCUGACUUGAGACAUGCUCCCUCCCUCCCUUCCUUGUCCCCUUAGGGAAAGGAUGGUCACUCCAGGCCAGGCCAGGGCAGGCAUUAGGCAGGGAGACUCAACUGCUCCCACCCUCACCACCUAAGAGUAGGGGUAGUCUCUCCUGCCCUGGACAGACUUGAGACAGGGAGAUAAACUGCUCUUCCCUCACCCCCAGAGUCCAAAGAAAAAUGAAACACAGGGACUGAACUGCCUCCCCUCACCCCCUGAGAGUAAGGGUGCUCCCGGCAGCACAGGGCAUGCUUGAUACCACUGCUGGAUUUGACCAGAAUUGUAAAUAAUUUGAUUGCGAAGUUUUUUCUCAACUGGAGCACCUUAUCCUGUAAUUGUUUUGUACCUGAUUUUACAAUUAUUUGUAUUAUUUUUAUAUAUGUGUUUUUUUCUAUUCUGAGAGCUUGCUAAAGAUUCUGACUUUUCUCCCAAGCCACUCAUGCAUUAAUUCUCAUUUUAAAAUGUUUUAAAAACUGUUUUUGCUAUCAUUGACUAGAGACCGUGCCAUCGUCGCAGUUUCGUGUCUAGUAACAUUUUCCAAACUGAAUGAACAAAACUAUGGAGCAGCCCUCUCCUGUAUGUUGGUCUGUGGAUAUUGCAGUCCUGCUCUCCAUGGCAAAGCAUAUUCUGUAUUAAGUCGAAUCUGGAAAGGAGCCUUGUCCUGCAAAACCAUGUGUGGACCAACAUGGAGCAGUGGGCUUCUUUAUAGUAUUGUAUCUUUAUAACUGAAUAUUUUAGUUUUAUUGUAUAUAUCACAUUUAUUGCUUCAAUAAUACUGUUCAAGUACAGCGCUUUGGUAGCAUCUAACACUGCAGAAAAUAAUAAUAAUAACCAAACCACAGGUAUACAGCAACUUUUUUUCAUUGCCCAGUUUUCCAUCGGCAUUAAAAUCUCUGAACCAGCCUAUUAAAAUACAGCUUAACUAUCCAGAUAUUCCAGCGUCGGUUUCUCACUGGAAAAACCUGUUUUCAGAAUGAUACUGUCAUAGACGGAGCACAUAGUAAUACAGAUACACCUAAAGGAGUGCUAACUAAUGCCCCCCUUUCUGGCUGAGAGUUUUGCAACACAAUAGAGACACGGCUGUAUUCUAGUGGCUUUGCCGUAGGUCACGUUGUCUAACUGCAGUGAAUUUGAACUACAUUACAGGCAAGCACCAGGAUACACAAGCAAGCUUUCAUCUUUGAAAUAUCUGUUUAGUCAACAUUGAAGUAUAAAAUAAAGCCAAUAAUCAGAAAAAAGGGGACCGGUUUUUCUCGUUCUAUUAAGAGGUAGAAAAAUGUAUUGAAAUCCUUGGUUAGCACUUAAAUGUGAAUCUCUUGACUGUAUUUAGUAUUUUUUUAUUUUUUUUUGCAGCAAGCUUAGUUUUGGGAUUUUUGGAAUGAUAUGUUCAUGUUAUCUAUGCUAUAAAAAAUAAAUAAUAUAUACAGAUGGA